AAUAAAAAUUGUAUUGCAAUUUUAUGACUACACACUUGUUCGAUAUGAACAGUCGCUGUUGUAUACUUUUUACACUAUUUCAUUUUAGCAAUGCAUUAUGGAAAAGGGGAGUAAUACACUAUACGAUUAAUAAUAAAGAUUAUGAUCUACACUCGCAAGAUGAAAUCGUGGCCACAUUUUCAAAGAUUCAAGAGGAAACGUGCCUGAAGUUUUUUAUGACUACUUCAAAUAGUACAAGUGAUAAAAUACUGUUUAUCAGCAAUCCGGAUCGAUUGAAAACGUGCCCGCCAAGCGUGUACGACUAUUCUAAGAGUUUUGUGCUCAUGCCGAUUGGAUAUAAAUGUGUGAACCAGCGUGAUAUAGCUCGAAUAGUUUAUGACAUGAUUAAAGCGAGUAUUGAGAACAUUGUUUCGCCAGUGAACAGUUACGAUUUGGUCAAGAAAUUUCAAAUGAAAGACAGGGACACGAGCACACUAUUAUCUCAAUCAGAACGAGAUUACAUCAAUACGCAUUAUUACCAAGAAUGUGGUACUCAUGACAAGACCUUCCUAGCAAGAAGACGAAAUGAUGAUGAUAAUACCGCAGUAUUGAGCGCUGAUAAUAUGAAUUACUAUAAGGAUAAGGUGUGGCCACUGGGCAUCUUGUUAUAUGGCAUUGAUGAUGAAUUACGCGGUACCGCAGACCACGACAUACUGACCCAAGCAAUGGCUAGCAUAGAACUAGCUACAUAUGUCGUUUUCCAAGAAGUAAAGAACGACAAAAUACUCGCCCCGAAGAAUUUGCUAUGGUUCAGUAAGAACGGAGAUGAUGGUCCUGCGUUUGGUGUGCAACAGGGAAACCAGACCAUAAAACUGUCAUCCAUGGUGCAUGGUGCGGCCGGUCAUACUGCACAUACAAUUAAUAAUCUAAUGCGAGCUCUCGGUGUCCACAUGACGUCGAAUCGCUUCGACAGAGACAGCUAUGUUACUGUGAAUUGGAACAACGUGGUGGAUGGUAAAGAGCAGUAUCUAGAACGAGCGCCAGAAGAAUCAUGGCUGCCGCAUAUUCCAUACGAUUUUAUGAGUGUCACUCAUGCGCCGGCGAAUUAUAUGUGCAGUGUUUGUGAGCUAGGAGCUAGCACUGUACAACCUAUACAGGAUCACCAAUGGCAACGUACCAUGUCUAUGGGUCACACCACAGUGCUCACGGACGCAGACAGACAGACGGUUAAUCUUUUAUAUAGCGAACAGUAUCGCAAGCGGUUCGGUGGUGUGUGAAGUCAAAAUAAAAUGCUUUAAAAAUU